UUGUAUGCCUUGACCAUAGUAACACAUUUAAAUUAAAUAUUUUUAUUUUAUACAUACAUUUCCUUCAACUUUUUUUAAAUUAAUGUGACAUAUAAUACGGCUUAACCAAGAUGUCUAAAGAGGGCAACGAAAAUGCAUGCAGCUCAAAUCAGCAUAAUAAUAACAUAAGUAGUGAAGCCGUUAUAAUUAAUGAACUGAAUCAUUAUGAUGAACAAGACAGAACGGAUGAAAUGUUAACAAGGCAAAGAGAAAUGGAAGAAUUUAGAGAAGUGCUUGAAGAUGGGCUUGAUGAAAUUUUAUUGCAAGCACUACUUGAAUUUGAAAAUCAGGAGAUAAAGAAAAAAGAAUUGAAAGAAGAAGGGAAAAAAGAUAAGAAACGAAAAGAUAUAAGUGAUGUUAAUAAUGGUAUUUCCGUGUCCGCGACCACGUCCGCGUCCACGGCCACGUCCGCGUACACGGCCACGUCCUGCUCUUGCCCAUCGAGCUUUAGUUUUUACUGUAAAAAGAAUAUACAUAGAUUUCUGGUAUUAUAA